CCUUUCCAAUUACUGUAAUCAUUUUCGAUUUUGUAUCCCUUUUUUCUCCAUGCGAAAAGACACAAUUACCCCUGUGGCUAAUUUACAAUUCUUCUCCGCUUUUGGACUGAUAUUGCAUCGACGAGCUCACUAUUCUUCUUUCCUCUGUUCUUCUUUCCCCAGUACACAUACGAGAGGAGGCCGACGAUGGCACUUUGGCCUUGAUCUUGGCAGCAGCGGCCUAGCGCGGCAGCUCCCGCUGCAGAUCGUCGGCCGGCGCCGGCUGCUCCGCUGCAGCUCGGCGGACCGGCGUGUCCCGGGGCUCCCACUGCGGCUCCUCGGCCCGGGGCGGCGGCUCCCGCUGCAGCUCGGCAGACCGGCGGUUCCCGGGGCUCCCGCCGCAGCUCGACGGACCAGCGGGUUCCAUGGCUCCCGCUGCAGCUCCUCGGCCCGGGGCGGCGGCUCCCGCUGCAGCUCGGCGGCCCGCCGCGGCGACUCCCGCUGCAGCUCGGCGAACCGGCGGGUUCCGGGCUCCAGCUGCAGCUCGGCAGAUGGCGCGCUCGUUGCUGUUGCAGGGUUACUACAAGUGUAGCAGCGUUAGGGGCUGCCUAGCGAGGAGGCAUGCCAAGAGGUUCAAACCCUUGAUCCGUGUGGCACUGUGUGUGUUUG